AUGGGCCUUCAGUGUCGCGAGGAUCCCGACUUCGAAGCAGACGACCUCAUCGCCUCCUACACGCGUGGCUUCGAUACGGGAGAGAAAGACGUCUUCGUGAAGAUCAUCAGCAGCGACAAGGACCUCCUGGAGCUGGUCAACGGUCAGGUGGAGCUGCUGGACAGCCGGGAUCACCAGUCCCCGUUCCUCCGAAUGGAUGUUGCCGAGGUCUGGAACAAAUGGGGGGUCCGUCCACAUCAGAUGCCCGAUCUGCUUGCACUUAUGGGUGACUCUGCGGACAACAUCCCGGGUGUGCCGGGGAUUGGAGCGAAACGAGCCGGCGCACUGCUAGGGCACUGCGGCACCCUGAAGGCCAUCGUUCAGCAAGCGCAGGACGUUGGCAAAUGA